AGAUUGUCAAUGUGCUUCUUCCUCCGUGAAGUGAAAACCAAAGCCGAGCCGCAGCAUGAAAACUUGGAGGAGCACAUUCAGGAGGGAAAAGCACAGCAGCGAGGCUGAGUCCUCCACGAGCAGCAGGCAUGAUUCACCGCUGCCUGUGUGGGUUACACACACACCCACACCGGACGCCGUCAGCAACGAUGGCGACAGCGAAGACGACGAAGCCACGAACUCCACGGGCCACACAUCCGGCGCUCCGCCUGGCGCCAAAAACAUGAAGGCCAGGCUGAAAUCCCUCCUCCCUCUGUCGUGGAACAGCGUCAACAAGCGAGAGGGAACGGAGGGCGACGCCAACGCCGGCCCGGCUCCGAUCCAGAUCCUUCCCAACGGCACCAGGGUGAGUCCUCCUGUGAGCCCGCUGCUGGAGCGGAGGACCUGGGGGGGGUCGCAGGGAGACUCCAGCCAGGGCUCCCACAAGCCGCUGAUCAGAGGGAGUCCCACCGAUGACCUCUUCCUGCACGAGGAGUCGAUACUGUCCAGCAUCCACCCUGCGGAGUACUACGCCGCGAAGGUGGAGGUCUACAAGCAGAAGUACUCGUACCUGAAGUCGUGGCCGGGGCUGCUCCGGCUCCUGGCGGGCCUGCAGCUGCUGUUCGGGGGAAUGGUCUUCGCAUGCGUCAUCGCCUACAUUCACAAAGACAGCGAGUGGUCCAACGCGUACGGACGCUAUAACGGCGUGUACAACAACGGGCAGGGCGUGUCGGGGUACAGCUACGGCGGCCCCAUGACUCCCUUUGUUCUGGCAGUGGCCGGAAUCUCCUGGAUCCUCACCAUGUGUCUCCUGGUGGUGGGGAUGACCAUGUACUACCGCACCAUCCUGCUGGACUCGCCCUGGUGGCCCCUGACGGAGGCCUUCAUCAACGUGGCGCUCUUCCUGCUCUACAUGGCGGCCGGGAUCGUCUACCUGAACGACCUGAACAGGGGAGGCCUGUGCUACAUGACAAUAGGAGUCAACCCCAUCCUGUCCAACCUGUGUCGGGUGGACGGGGGCCAGAUGGCCGGGACGGCGUUCCUCUUCAUCAACAUGGCUCUGUACCUGGGAAGCUUCCUGGUGUGCCUGAAGAUGUGGAGGCAUGAGGCCGCACGGAUGGAGAGGCAGCACUUCGACGAACAGCAUCAAGAGGACUUUCACCAGCCAAACUCACGGACGCCCCCGAAAGCAAAACGCAUAUCCUUCAGGGAUGAAACAGACACACCUCUGAAUGACCAACAGAACAGUCAGCGCUCCGUCCCCCUACAGGCGAACAGAACCGAGAAAUCCACGCACAACCCCAAAGUGCACGUCAUCGCAGACUACAUCAUAAAGUAUCCAGAAAUCACUUGUUUGGAGGAAAGGGAGAUGUACAAAGCAGUUUUUAAUGACCAGUAUCAGGAAUACAAAGAGCUUCACAAAGAUAUCAGCGCCACCCUCAGUAAGUUCAGAGAGCUGGAUGUGAUGAUGGAGCGACUGCCCAGGGAGGGGAAAAACCACGAGGAGAAACGAAGGAUUAAAAACAUUCUGAAGGAUUACCAGCAGAAGAAGAGUGAUCCUGCUUUCCUGGAGAAAAAGGAGCGCUGCGACUACUUGAAAGCUAAAUUAAGCCACAUUAAAAACAGAAUCCGGACUUUUGACCAAGAAACCUGAACACAUGGUUGAAG